UCAAAUUCCCCCAGAUCACAACAAAUUUCAUCAUUUCUAACUUGUAACGGCUCCCCCUCUCAUCUCUCUCUUUUCAAAUCUCUCUCAAAUUACCUUGAAGUAAUCUGCAUCUCUCUCCCUCUCUCAUUUGCCAUCUCUCUCCCCCCAUUCCUCUGCUAAAAUCCUCGAAAAUCCUCAUCUCAUUCUCCCUCUCUCUACUAAAAUCCUUGAAAGUCAUCUGCAUCUCUAUCCCUCUCUCUCGCAAUGGCAACUCUAACACCAGGAAUCCUCCUAAAACUCCUCCAAACAAUGAACUCAACUACUCGAGUGACCGGAGACCACCGGUCCCCGAUCCUCCAAGUCAUCGGUAUCGUGCCAGCACUCGCUGGCUCCACCGAUCUCUGGCCUAAUCAUGGCUUUUUCCUCUCUCUCUCCGACUCAAUUAACUCCACUUACGUCUCCUUGUCCGAAAAAGACACCGAUUUAAUUCUCACUAAUCGAUUGCAAAUCGGCCAGUUUGUUUAUAUCGAAAAGCUUGAGUUCGAUUCCCCUGUCCCUCGGGCUAAUGGCAUCCGGCCUAUUGCUGGACGCCACCCGUUUGUCGGAAGUCCUGAACAACUUAGGGUGAAAUUAUCGAGUAGUUCUCGAGAGUUUGUUAUUCAGCCUGUCUCGGAUACGGAUUUAGGUCAUGAUCCGAUUAGUACUGCUUCUUUGUCGAAAAGGCCUGAAAUUGUUAAGAAGGAUGAGAAUGUUAGGGAAUUGAGAACUCGACAAGUUGUUAAGAAGGAUAUCGAAGAUUCUGAGGGGGGUAAUGGAAAGGUUGUGAAUAAGGUGCCACAGCCUCAGAGGUUUUCGUCGCCUGCUGCUCGGAAGAAGAGUAUUGGAGCGGCGAUUGAACUGGUACGAGAUCCUUCUCCUGCAGGGAAGUUGAAGCGAGAUCCUUCUCCUGCAGGGAAGUUGAAGCGAGAUCCUUCUCCUGCAGGGAAAAUGAAGAGGUCGUCUUCGCCUGUUCCUUCUAAAUGUGUGGUUCCCAGUUUAGUGGCUGCGAAGGACGAUAAUAGGAAGACUGCUAAGGAGCCUGCGAUAAUUGUGCCUUCGAGGUAUAGACAGCCUUCGCCUAAUGGGAGGAAACAGGCGUCUCCCAGUACGAGGAGAAUGUCUUUGUCUCCAGGGAGGAGGUUGUCGAAUGGACUUAAGGGUGAUUCAAGUGGGAAGAAGAAAUUGGCUAAUAUUGCUGCUGGGAUUUCAAAGGUGUCGGAAGCGCUGGUCGGGUCUUCGAAGGGGAAUAGGAAGAAUUGGGAUGAGUCUCCUGGAGCAGGGACGGGUUCGGGGGAGCAGAAAGAAAAGGGGGGUUUUAGAAGUAAGCCGGAUUUUCAAGCUAUAUUGAGAACUCAGGAAGCUAUUUCGAGGCGCUUAAGUGAUGUAAGUAUUACACAACACAAUCAAGAUGAGUCCUCUGGGUUCGAAAAUUCAAACCCUAACCUGGGAGAGGGUUCGUUUGUGACCGAGAAAUCAAGCAAUGUAGCUCCUGUAAUUGCGGUUCAUGAAAAGAAAUGGACUGAUGGCAGUGUUCCGCUGGAUUCAAUCUCGUCAGAGCUUGCAAAGCUUGGGAAGGAAGCUAUGCAAAGGAAGAUUGUUGCUUCAACAGCUGCAGCUGAAGCUUUGCAGGAAGCUGUUGCUACAGAGUCUAUUCUGAGGAGUUUAAGCAUGUUUUCACAUCUUUGUUCAACAUCUAAAGCUGGAAAUCCUUUACCCACAAUCGAUGGAUUCAUGUCUAUAUACAGUGAUGUUGCGAAAUCAGCAGCAGUUGCUGAAUCUGUGUUCACAAGCCACAAGUCGAGCUCACCUACUAACAACAUCUCAACAAACCAAUCAAAAUUCUCUCUAUGGGUAGAAGCUGCACUAGCUACUGAUCUUGAGGUUGUUUCCCUCCUAACUAACCAGAAUAUCGAGGCUCCAACAACAUUGCAGAAAAGUUCCUCAAAGAACCAAUCUCCAUCAACUGCUGAUGCAUGGAUAAGGGGAUAUGGGAUGAAAGAAACCGCAGAACUUGGAACAAAAUUACAGAAAGAUAUGCAAAUGUGGUUCAUUCGUUUUGUUGAGGAGUCCAUAGAUGCUGGUUUUCAGGUUUUUGGAAAGUCUGGUAACACUGCUGGAGGUCUCAAUGGCAGCCCCAUAGCAGCAAUCUUAUCACAGCUGAAGCGAGUCAACGAAUGGUUAGAUCGUGUGGUGUUGAAAAGGGAUGACUUGCUGACACAGAAGAUUGAGCGACUCAAGCGGAAGAUCUAUGGCUUUGUGAUCCAACAUGUUGGAACAACCGCUGACAUGCAAAUUGCCUCAUCUUAAUCUCAAAUGUUGUUCUUGAUCAUUUUACAUUGAAUGAAAUGAACCUGGACAAUCUUUGUCCUACACAAUCUGCCAUUGUAAAACUUAAUCAAUGUCGUAUGAAUUUCAGUUUGUUCUGUUCUCUCGUAAUGGAAAGAUUGCUUCAGUUUAGUUGUUUCAACUUUUA